CACAAACUACGGGCCACAAGCUGAGGGAACGGUAGAAAUUUUUAUCUCGUAGAAUUAUUUUUUUUUUUUUUUAGUUCUUCUUCAAGUUUGAUAGCUUAAAACUCCCCAACAGUCCGUCAACCUCAUAGCAAACUCUAACCAAGUUCAACGUCCUUUUAUUCUCGAAUAAAAUCACAAGUAAACCAGGCUAGACCAAAAAAAAAAAAAAAAAAACUUCUCUUGUAAAGAAACAAAAAGUAAUAAACGUUUUUUAAAAACUUUUUACUUUAUCCUUUUGACUACAAGACUAUAUAAACCUCUUCUUAUUUUAUUUCAUAGAAUAGAAAGAGUCUUAAAAAAUAAAAAAAAAUCUUCACACCAAAAACAGCAACACUUUUAACAUAAUGUCUGCUGCUACUGAAUCUGCCACAAACCAGAUUGAAGAAUCUUUGGAAAAGUUGAACAUCGACUCCAACGCUUCUACUGAAGCUACUGAAGCCGUUGCUCCAGCUACUGAAGAAUCCACUGAAGCCGGUGAAGCUGGUCAAGUUGCUGACAUCACCGCUUCUCUUUACGUUGGUGAAUUGAACCCAACUGUUAACGAAGCUCUUUUGUUUGAAAUCUUUUCCCCAAUUGGUCAAGUUUCUUCCAUCAGAGUUUGUCGUGAUGCUGUUUCCAAGAAGUCUCUUGGUUACGCUUACGUUAACUUCCACAAGACUGACGAUGGUGAAAGAGCUAUUGAAGAAUUGAACUAUUCUUUGAUUGAAGGUCGUCCAUGUCGUAUUAUGUGGUCUCAAAGAGAUCCAUCUUUGAGAAGAAAUGGUGAUGGUAACAUUUUCAUCAAGAACUUGCACCCAGCCAUUGACAACAAGGCUUUGCACGAUACAUUCUCUGCUUUCGGUAAGAUCUUAUCUUGUAAGGUUGCCACUGAUGACAUGGGUAACUCCAAGUGUUUCGGUUUCGUUCAUUACGAAACUGCUGAAGCUGCUAACGCUGCUAUUGAAAACGUUAACGGUAUGUUGUUGAACGACCGUGAAGUUUUCGUUGGUAAGCACGUUUCCAGAAAGGAUAGAGAAUCUAAGUUUGAAGAAAUGAAGGCUAACUUCACCAACAUCUAUGCUAAGAACAUUGAUUUGGAAUUCUCUGAAGAAGAAUUCACCAAGUUGUUUGAACCAUUUGGUGCCAUCACUUCUAUCUACUUGGAAAAGGACCAAGAAGGUAAGUCUAAGGGUUUCGGUUUCGUUAACUUUGAAAACCAUGAAUCUGCUGUUAAGGCUGUUGAAGACUUGAAUGACAAGGAAAUCAACGGUCAAAAGAUUUACGUUGGUAGAGCCCAAAAGAAGAGAGAAAGAUUAGAAGAAUUGAAGAAACAAUACGAAUCUACUCGUUUGGAAAAAUUAUCCAAGUACCAAGGUGUUAACUUGUUCAUCAAGAACUUGGAUGAUACUAUUGACUCUGAAAAGUUGGAAGAAGAAUUCAAGCCAUUUGGUUCUAUCACUUCUGCUAGAGUUAUGGUUGAUGAAGCUGGAAAGUCUAAGGGUUUCGGUUUCGUUUGUUUCUCUUCUCCAGAAGAAGCUACUAAGGCUAUCACUGAAAUGAACCAAAGAAUGAUUGCUGGUAAGCCAUUGUAUGUUGCUUUGGCUCAACGUAAGGAUGUUAGACGUUCUCAAUUGGAACAACAAAUCCAAGCUCGUAACCAAAUGAGAAUGCAAAAUGCCGCUGCUAACGGUGCCAUUCCAGGUCAAUUCAUGCCACCAAUGUUUUACGGUCAACAACCAGGUUUCUUCCCACCUGGUGCUAGAGGUAACGGUCCAUUCCCAGGUCCAAACCCUCAAAUGAUGAUGCCAAGAGGUCAAAUCCCACCACCUCAAGGUGGCUGGCCAAGAACCGGUCCAAACGGCCAACCAGUUCCAGUUUACGGUAUGCCACCAGUCUACGGUGACUUCAACGGUCCAAACCCUAACGGUCCAAACAACCGUCAACAAAGACCAGGUAACUACUACCCUAACAACAGAAACCAACAACAAAAGGGUGGUAACCGUCCAAGAGACUUGGGUGCUCACAUUGCUAACUUACCUAUUGAUCAACAAAAGAGAAUCUUGGGUGAAGAAUUAUACCCAAAGAUUGUCUCUACCGGCAAGGCCCAAGAGCCAGAAGCUGCAGGUAAGAUUACUGGUAUGAUGUUGGAUUUGGAAAACCAGGAAAUCUUGGCUUUAUUGGAAGAUGAUGAGUUGUUCAGCACCCACUUUGAAGAUGCUUUGACUGCUUACGAAGAGUACAAGAAGACUUCUACUGAAGAAGUUGAAGCUUAAUCGGCGAAAACAAGAGUUUUUUUUUGUUUUAGCCUCAAAUUUAUUCUGUUUCUUGUCUAAAGUAUAUAAUGUAAUAGUUUUUUGGUAACCGGGUUAAUAUGAUUUUAUACUUAUACAGAUAGAAUAGGGGGGUGUUAGAUGUGAGAAUGGUAGAGUUGAGUUUAAUACACUAUUUUUGAAUUUUAAGAUAAAUUGUAAA